UUUUGUCACUUUCCAUGUAUGGACUGAGUCCUGAUCGUAAUCAUAUGAUGGUAGAUUUCAUUGAAGAGUGGCCGCCAAAAAAAUGGAAAUGAAAGAGAUUGCUAAAUACAAAACACUGUGGAAAAUGAAUUCAACCAGUGAAUCUUUUUUAGUUACUGGUGCAAAAGACAAUCCUUUGAAGAAAUUUACCAUUCCCAAGAUCAGGAGGACAGCUGGGAAAGUUUACUUGUCACCUUGUUUCACCAAUACUAGAGAGUAUAGUUUCAUACAUGAUACUCUUAACCAGUGCCGGCUUGAUGUAAAGUGUGAUCUACAGUCGUCAUGGCAGUUUGGGGAUACAAAACUGGUUCACAAUGAGGAUCUGGAAAAAAAUUUUACUUCUAAGAGGUCAGAGAUGCGUGAGAAUGGAAGACAUGGCAGAGAACUAGAAGAACAUUUCUGCUUUUUAGCACUUCCUCAGAGUGAUGUAGCUGAGAUAUAUAAGAACGGGAUAAGUACCAAAUCAUCUACAUUGAAGAUAUUAGGAAAUCCUCUUCUUGGAAUUUAUAUAUUUAAACAUGUUGAUGUUGCUUUGAAUUAUGCUCAUAGUAGAAGCAGUAAUGUAGAAAGUAUUAUAAUUUUUAAGACCAUAAUUAAUGUCAGAGUAUUUUAA